CUUGUUUUCUGCAAAGAUGUCUUUGAAUCAAAUGCAAAUUAAGCAGGAAAUCCUGCUCCCACCUGGCCUGAGCAAGACAAUUCCAAAGCACAGCCAAGACCCUGUGCCAUGCAGUGAUCCAGUCCCACAUCCACAGCAAGAGCCUGAAGUCCAAGUCCCAGCACCUUGCCCAGAGCCAGUUCCAGUAGAAGUGGUACCAGAAAAAGAAGUGCCAUUGCCAGCACCAGUGGUGGAACCAGGCAAGGGAGAAGCACCAGUGAUAGUAAUACCCAAGAGUCCCCUUCAGGAACAACAGCAGCAACAGCAAUGCAAGCUACCACCGACUUUCCCACCUGUAUCGCACCCUGAGCCUGUUCCACACCCUGAAGAGAAAUCAGAGUGCAAAGAGCUACCUGUGCCAGCCCCUGUUUCCAGCUGUAAACCAACUCCACAUGUGCUGGAGAAGCAGGAGCGCAAGGAGAUCCCUGUGCCAGUUCCUGUUUCACACCCUGAACCUGCACCAUGUCCCCAGGAGAAGCAGGAAUGCAAGGAGAUCCCAGUGUCAAUCCCUGCUCCAUGCCCUGAACCUGCACCACACCCCCAGGAGAAGCAGGAGUGCAAGGAGAUCCCUGUGCCCACCCCACACCCUCCAGAGAAACAGGAGCAGAGGGACACCCCUGUGCCAAUCCCUGAACCCACACCGUGUGCUCAAGAAAAGCAACAGCACAAGGAGAUCCCUGUGCCGAUCCCUGUUCCACACCCUGAACCUGCACCGUGUCCUCAGGAGAAGCAGGAAUGCAAGGAGAUCCCAGUGCCAAUCCCUGUUCCACACCCUGAACCUGCACCACAUCCCCAGGAGAAGCAGGAGUGCAAGGAGAUCCCUGUGCCCACCCCACACCCUCCAGAGAAGCAGGAGCACAGGGAUACCCCUGUGCCAAUCCCUGCUCCCUGCCCUGAUUCAGGGAAGUCCUCCCAUCCAGAGAAGUAUCCUCCCAUUGAGCAGCAGCAGGUGAAGCAGCCCAACCAGUGGCCACCCAUGCAGAAGUAAUCUGCAGCUGACAAGGGAAGCCCUGAAGAGAGGAGAUUGCAAAUCCAAUCUUCCUCUCCCCAUGUCUCACAACCAGAGGUCAUUUUCCAACACCCUUUUAUUCACUGCAGAAUUUUUAUUAAGAAGCACAGCUUCCAACUCCCCCCUCCCAGCUAACACUAGUGUUAUCCCGUACUAACAGCCAUAAGCUAACUGACAUGUUGGGACUGGCAAUAGAUAAGGCUUCAAGUGGUGCUGCAGGCAUGUGCGUUCAGCUUUUCAGGUGCCUGAAUUUCUGCCCUCUCCCAGUCAUCCCUCUGGCUUUUAAAGGCCCAGAAAGAGACCAAAGAGCAUGACGGCACGCAUGAGUCAGGGUCUAUUAAGCUGAACAAUAAACUUAACCCAAAUGCAGUUAGGGACCUAGAGCUCAUGCCUUCCUCCCCCAGCUCCCCAUACAUAAAUGUCAUCUCCCACCUUGCAGUUAGGGGUUUUUCCUAUUAAUAAUAGGAUUUGAGGUUUGUGUAGAUCCUGCUGCUAAGGGGUUCUGGUAAAUGGCAAUGAGACUUUCUGAAUCACAAAUCCAUAGUGCUGAAUACUUUAUGUAAUCAAAAAAAUAACACUGGGCUAGAGGAAAUAUUUUACAAAAGAGCCAUCACCUCUUAAUUAUCUGCUUAGCUGAAGUAUUUGUAAUCAGUGCUUUCCUCAGAGAGCUCACCUUGGUUUAUCCAGGAUGUGUAAAAGAACAGUUUAACAUGAGAUUAUUUAUGGAAAACAUAGAUAAUCAAAUCCAAUCCAGACAUGUUUUGAAAUAGAUUAACUUCAGGCGUGGCUUUCAUCUGUUAGACAGGAUAAAGGAGGAAACAUAGAGUGCUGUCUCAAUUACACCCUGGAACAUGUUUCACGACACAGUGCUGUUGUGUAUGUAUUUGGUACUUACCUCUAAUUAUUUUAGGCUGAUAUUGUAUCCAGGAUUAAUUUCACUGUGACAAUCAACAA